AUGCAGAGGAAAGGGAAGGCGGUGGUAGUGGGCGGCAGCAUAGCAGGCUUAUCCUGCGCCCACGCGCUCAUCGCCGCCGGCUGGGAGGUGGUGGUGCUCGAGAAAUCAACCUCCCCUCCGACAGGUUGCCCCACCGGCGCCGGCCUCGGACUCGACCCCCUCUCUCAGAAAAUUAUUCAUUCCUGGCUCAAACGGCCCGAAAUCCUCGACCUCAACACCUUGCCCCUCACAAUUGAUCAGAACCAAGUUACAGAAAAGGAGACGAAGAUCAACCGUGCACGGACAAGAGACGAGGACUUCAAUUUCCGAGCGGCAUAUUGGUCCGAUCUGCACGGCCUUUUAUACAAGGCAUUGCCCCUGGAUAUCGUACGAUGGGGGCAUAUGUUCGUCUCAUAUAAUACUUCUGAUGAUACAACAUUGGUGAGAGUAAAUAGUAAAACUCUCGAAACAGGUGAUGUAGUUGAAGUUACUUGUGAUUUGCUCGUUGCUGCUGAUGGCUGUCUCUCUUCAAUACGUAGGAUUUUUUUCCCGGACCUUAAUUUAAGAUACGCAGGUUAUUGUGCAUGGAGAGGGGUCCUCGAUUGCUCGGGCAAUGAAAAUUCAGAAACCUUUCGAGGGCUUAAGAAGGCUUUCCCCGACCUCGGGAGGUGCAUUUAUUUUCAUUUGGGACCUAAAACGCACAUUGUGUUUUAUGAGCUGUUAAACAAGAGAAUCAACUGGAUUUGGUAUGUUAACCAACUAGAGCCUCGACUUAAGGGAAACUCAGUAACCAUGAAAGUGAGUGAUGAUAUGGUGUUGCAGAUGCAAAAAGAAGCCGAAUGCUUCUGGCCACCCGAGCUCGUUAAACUAAUACGCGAAACGAAAAAUCCAUUCUUGAAUGUUAUAUAUGACUCUGAGCCCCUUAACCAAAUUGCUUGGGACAAUGUGGUUUUAACUGGCGAUGCAGCCCACCCAACGACCCCUCACGGCUUGAGGAGCACCAACAUGUCGGUUCUCGACGCGGCUGUUUUAGGAAAGUGUCUCGAGAAAUGGGGUGUUGAGAAUCUGAACUCGGCCCUGCGAGAAUAUGAGUCCACUCGCCUACCGGUCGCCUCAGAGCAGGUUCUGUUUUCGCGGUGGCUUGGUUGCAUCAAGCAGGGUUUGGUGGUUCAGGAGAAUUGUUGCGGGCCGUUCGACCCAAUUCGAGCGGGCCGGGAGAAGUGCAUGGAUCUCGAGCAGAAAAACAUGCCGUAUUUUUCUGAUGUUCCUGCAGUCCUGGGCGACGCUGUACAAUUGGGAAGGGAAUAA